CAGCAUCAUCAUCUCUUAUUGCUACUGAAGAAUGUUCUGCACACUGAUCAACUCUAUCCACAAAAUUCAAUUGAAUGUUCGUCUUGACACACGCACAGAGGCGAAUGGGAAGAAAGUAUAUGAAACUUACCCUCUGCCCUGAUUAUCAAAAUUAGUGAAAAAUCCAAAAACAGCUGCCCAUAAUCCUUGAAAAUACGCGACAAACCCGACAAUUAUCCGAUGACACAUCUCUUCCCCAUGUGGAAUUAUUCCUCUUAAUCAUCACCUCCUCUACCAUUAAACCUACUUUCUCUUCUGUGUCUACUCUUAAUCCGAUCAUGUGGGAGUCCGAAUCCGCAGCCGCCCGAGAUUAUCCUCUCUCAACCACCAAAAAUGCCCUUCACACCGAUGGCUUCCACCAAAGAGGCCACUCAUGGUAUGUUUCCACUGAUAUCCCCAGCGACUUCUCUGUUCAGAUAGGCGAUAUCAGCUUCCAUUUACACAAGUAUCCUCUUCUCUCGCGAUGUGCCAAAUUGAACAGACUCAUCUACGAGUCCCGCGACGCCGCCGAGAUAAACAAGAUAUCCUUCGACGAUCUCCCCGGCGGCCCCGACGCCUUCGAGCUGGCGGCCAAGUUCUGCUACGGCAUCGCCGUCGAUUUAACGGCCACCAACAUCUCCGGCCUGAGAUGCGCGGCGGAGUAUCUAGAAAUGACGGAGGAUUUGGAGGAAGGAAACCUUGUAUUCAAAACCGAAGCCUUUCUAAGCUACGUGGUCCUAUCCUCUUGGAGAGAUUCCAUAGUAGUAUUAAAAAGCUGCGAGAAUCUGUCUCCCUGGGCUGAGAAUCUCCAAAUUGUGAGGAGGUGCAGCGAGUCCAUCGCCUGGAAAGCCUGUGCCAAUCCCAAGGGAAUCCGGUGGCAGUACACCGGGAAGCCGAGAUCAUCGUCGAGCCCCAGCCGAAGCGCCCCUGUGCCGCCGGAUUGGUGGUUCGAGGACGUCUCCAUUCUCCGCAUCGAUCACUUCGUCCGCGUCGUGACGGCGAUCAGGGUGAAGGGGAUGGUACCUGAGCUCAUCGGAGCUGCCAUAAUCCACUACGCUAGCAAAUGGCUGCCGAGUCUGGUGAAGGACGGCGCGGCCUCAGUGACUUCGCCUGAGGACGAGCCUUAUAGCAUCAGCAGCGGCACCUGGAAAGGCGGCCUGCACGUGAUUGUGGCCGGGAAUCAGGAGAUCCUGGCCACUGUCCAGGCUAAGGAUCAGAGAAUGAUCGUGGAGAGCUUAGUCAGCAUCAUCCCUCAGCAGAGAGACUGCGUUUCGUGCAGUUUCCUGCUGAGGCUGCUGAGGAUGGCUAACAUGCUGAAUGUGGCUCCGGCUCUGGUGACGGAGCUGGAGAAGCGCGUUGGGAUGCAGUUGGAACAAGCAACAUUGUCGGAUCUCCUCAUCCCUUGCUACAACACCAAGGAGACUAUAUACGAUGUUGAUCUGGUUCAGAGGCUUCUUGAGCAUUUUCUUGUGCAGGAGCAGUCGAGCCCCAUGAGACCGGACACCAAGACAUACGACUAUGCUCAGAGAGGGAGCAACAAUCUCAAUGCCAAGAUGAGGGUGGCGAGGCUCGUUGACAGCUACCUCACUGAGGUGGCGAGGGACAGGAACCUGUCCCUCACCAAGUUCCAGGUUCUUGCUGAGGCCUUGCCUGAAUCAGCAAGAAGCUGUGAUGAUGGACUCUAUAGAGCUGUUGAUUCUUAUCUUAAGGCGCAUCCGACGCUGACAGAGCACGAGAGGAAGAGGCUGUGCCGAGUGAUGGAGUGCCAGAAGCUGUCCGUUGAUGCGUGUAUGCACGCUGCACAGAAUGAGCGCCUCCCUCUGAGAGUGGUGGUGCAGGUCCUCUUCUCUGAGCAGGUUAAGAUAAGCAACGCGGUUGCGUUAAAAGAAGGGGGGGAGUCACAGUACCAGCCCAUGGUGCCAAACCGGAAGACGUUGCUGGAGGGAACUCCUCAAUCAUUCCAAGAAGGAUGGACAACGGCAAAGAAGGAUAUCAACACUCUCAAGUUCGACCUGGAGACUGUCAAGACCAAGUAUUUGGAGCUGCAGAAUGACAUGGAGACGCUGCAGCGCGAUUUCAACAAGCUGGCCAAGCCCAAGCAGACGUCGGCAUGGACAUCCGGAUGGAAGAGACUCAGCAAGCUCACUAAGAUGACAGACGCCAAUGACAACGGAAUCCAGCUGCCAACUGCAGAGCACACUAGAAAGACUCCUAGAAGAUGGAGAAACUCUAUUUCUUGAAUUCCUAUUGUCGUCGUUGUUGUUGUUUCUAUAUGUGUUUUCUUUUUAGAGAUGCAAUAUUGACAUGAUUUUCGUUGUUAUUCGAAACUUUUAGUAAAGAAGAAAGUGGUUAAUAGCAAUUCAACUAGUUCAAUA